GCCAAUGUUACUCGUUCUGCAAACUCAAGCGGCAAAUGGGCUGACAAUGAGCUGGUGGCAUAUAACAUAACCGUCACUGCUAUACCACCAGCCUUGAUCCUAUACUUGCCACCGCCGGCUUGGAUGUGUGUUGACGCCAAUGUCUCGGACAGCACGUACAGUUUUCUCCAGUAUCCCAACGAUGCUACUACACCGGAUCAUGGUAUGGCUGUUCGUGUGCACAGGAUUGACGAAUUCGCUCGUGAAGUUCUCAUUACAGUUGGCUUCGAAAAGGGUCGGUAUGGCGUGUUUUCACCACGCUCGAUCCCAUUGAUGAUAACCGUAAAGUCGCGCAGAUAAAUUUAUGCUGGAAGGAUGAAUCAGACAUGCUACUUUUUCUGCAAUUGAACCAGACGCAGAUGGGUCGCUCAAAUGUCGAAGCACACAUGAUCGUAGGAGCCAUUACGGCAUAGCAGUUCAACAAUAACAAGCGGCAAGAGAGGGGCCUGUAUUCACUUGAUGCCAUGAAUAUGCCUUGCAUCACCAUGGUUGGGGCGCCCCACCUUCUACUUGGUGCCGUCACCAAAGCGUUGAGCGAUGCAGCCAUUUCCUGUCGAUAUCCGUCAGAUAGGACAGAGGUGUUGAAAUGUGAGGUCGCAAGUGACUACAAUAUUAAUGGAGGUAUGGUCCAGGAGGCACCGGAAUGCAGGGGCAUUGCCUUGCAAUAUUAUCUUGUAUUUAAAUCUCUUGCGAAAAACCACUGGGAGAAGUUUAGCGGUUAAAAUUGAAUCACUCAG